UAAGAAUGCCAAGCGACGAUCGUUUUGCGGAUGCGGUUAAACCAGCUUUAGAAGCCCUUCUAUCGGAUCUUCAACACACCACAGAAGUGCUCCGCCGUGCUCAUAUAAGUGAUCGCCGCUCACAGAGUCGUGAUGAUUUUGAGCAAUCCUAUGAUCUUCAGGGAAAUCUUAACACACAGAGUGUGAGCAAUGGAAAUAUAACCACUUCACCCUACAAACGUCGUUCGUCAGAAGGAAAAGAUUAUUCAAAAAGUCAGGAAAGGAUUUAUGAAAAUGAAUCAAGACUUAACCCACCAGUCUAUUCACGUCCAAGUGUCCAAAGUCUAUUGUCUCAAGUCGAAGAACCACCAAUUCGAGCAAGCAGCUCACGCAAGAGUCUCGGACCACCAAGUCAGGCACAAUCCUACUCUGAUGUCAGAUCGAACGGUCGGUCUCCAUCAAGAGACCCACUGCAUUCGGAUUCAAUGAUUGGAACAAUGAAUGGAGAAUUGAGCUCAAAACAUGGAGUCAAUACAAUUCCAAAAGGAGAUUGUGCUGCCUGUGGAAAACCGAUUAUUGGACAGGUCGUCAUUGCUCUUGGCAAAAUGUGGCAUCCGGAGCAUUACACUUGCUGUGAAUGCGGUGCCGAACUUGGACAACGCCCAUUCUUUGAGAGAAAUGGACGUGCUUUUUGUGAAGAAGAUUAUCACAAUCAAUUCAGUCCAAAGUGCCAAGGAUGUCAUCGAGCCAUCACUGAUAGAUGUGUGAGUGUAAUGAACAAGAACUUCCACAUUGAAUGCUUCACGUGUGCAGAAUGCAAUCAACCAUUCGGAGAGGAUGGAUUCCAUGAGAAGAAUGGACAAACCUAUUGCAAACGUGACUUCUUCCGUCUAUUCGCCCCAAAAUGCAAUGGCUGCUCUCAACCAAUCACCUCAAACUUUAUCACCGCUUUGGGAACUCAUUGGCAUCCGGAUUGUUUUGUCUGUCAGCAUUGCGGAGUUUCUUUCAAUGGUGCAAGUUUCUUUGAGCACAACGGUGCUCCACUCUGUGAGCGACAUUAUCAUGAAUCUCGUGGUUCAAUCUGUUCUCAAUGUCGUGGAGCCAUUAAUGGAAGAUGUGUAGCUGCAAUGGGAAGAAAGUUCCAUCCGGAACAUUUUAGAUGCUCAUAUUGUAAUCAUCAACUGACAAAAGGAACAUUCAAAGAAGUUGAUCGUCGGCCAUUCUGUCAUAAGUGUUAUAAUAAUACGUAUGCAUUGACUCCUGCCUAAUCUUUUUUUUUCUCUUUUUUGUCUCUCCUGUCUUUUUGUGGUUUUUCAAGUUUUUUGAAGGUGGUAACUGGAAAAGAUAAUUCAGUAAUAGUUUAGAAUAUUAGGCUUGGAUGAAAUCGAAUAUAA